CAAUCCCUGUUUUUCUGGAAGGGGAGGGCGGCACAGAUGCAUAUGCACUUUUACUGCUACAGCUCUGUUUCCUCAGCUGGUUCCAUGUGAUCCAUCACACAAAAUAGCUAAACUCAGCUGUUCCUGUCUGUUCUGUCUCCUCCAGGUACUCCUGUGAAUCGAAUCCCCAUCAUGGCCAAGCAGGUGUUGGAUCUGUACAUGCUUUAUAAGCUGGUGACCGAGAAGGGAGGUCUGGUGGAGGUGAUAAACAAGAAGAUCUGGAGGGAGAUCACCAAAGGCCUAAACCUGCCCACCUCCAUCACCAGCGCCGCCUUCACGUUGCGCACACAGUAUAUGAAGUACCUGUACCCAUACGAAUGUGAGAAGAAGGGUCUGAGUUCCCCUGGAGAGCUGCAGGCGGCCAUUGACAGCAACCGCAGAGAGGGCCGCCGCCCCGGAUACAGCAACAGCCUGUACCGCUUCUCCCCUUCUCCCAGUGCCUCGGCCCCUCAUCUUCUCUCUCCUCCCAAAAUGCACCUGCCUGCCACGGGACAUAACGGACUGCAGGCCACCCCCAGUCCUUCCCUGAAGAAAGCCUCAGGUGUGCAGUCUUUUAACGAGAUUAUCGUUCUUGCUUGA